AUGUCUGUUCCCGCUUUCCCAGAUAUCUCCAAGUCAUCCAACGACCUUCUCAACAAGGACUUCUACCACCUCUCCGCCGCUACCCUCGAGUUGAAGAGCUCCACCCCAUCCAAUGUUUCAUUCAAGGUGACCGGAAAGUCUACACACGACGGAGCAAAUAGCGGAGCAUUGGAGGCCAAGUUCGUGGACAAGCCAAAUGGCCUUACCCUCACUCAAACCUGGAACACGGUCAACGCUCUCGACACUAAGAUUGAGCUCAACGAUGUUAUCGCCAAGGGCUUCAAGGCCGAGGUGAUGGGCAGCUUCCUCCCUGCGAGCCAGAACAAGGGCUUGAAGGCCAACCUACACUUCAAACAAUCCAACUUCCACGGCCGUGCUCUCUUCGAUCUCCUCAAGGGCCCAACCGCUACCGUCGAUGCUGUUAUUGGCCAAGACGGUUUCUUGGCUGGUGCCUCUGCUGGAUACGAUGUCCAGAAAGCUGCUGUCACCAACUACUCUGCUGCUGUUGGAUAUUCCGCCCCUACAUACACUGCCUCCAUCACUGCUGCCAGCAACUUGAGCGUCUUCCAAGCUGCGUACUACCACAAGGUCAACUCCCUCGUCGAGGCCGGCGCCAAAGCUACCUGGGACUCGAAGAGCGGAAACCAAGUCGGUCUUGAGCUUGCCAGCAAAUACCGCAUUGACCCCGUCUCUUUCGCCAAGGCUAAGAUCAACGAUCGUGGUAUCGCCGCCUUCUCCUACAACGUACUCAUCCGCCCCGGUGUCACCCUUGGUCUCGGCGCCUCAGUCGACACUCAAAAGCUCGACCAAGCAGCUCACAAGAUUGGUACUUCCUUCCAGUUCGACGCAUAG